GAUGCUCUACCAUUUGAGCUACCUGGUCGCCGAUGAUCAACCCGGUCCAGUUCCGCUACACAUGUUUAUCUACUUCGAACAGGUUGCGAACACAGAUAGCUUUCUCCUGUUACAAAAUUGGCGAACUUGCCAACCAUUGUUUAAAGCAUUGCUUACAUUGUAGCAAGGUAUACCCGCGAACUGGACUGAGUCGAUUAUUCUUAGAGUGUCCGUUUAGAGUUCGAAGUGUUUGAGGUUCGAACCCUGGUCUUGCCACUACAUAUUAUCUCUUUCUCCUGUAGCUGCUCCCAACCUGUUGAAUGUUCAUAUCGUGAUUUUUAACAUUUAUUAUUGGAUAUUUACAUUUUUGUCAUUAGUCCAAUCAUGAGCUUAUGUAGUUAUUGAUAUGUAUGCUACAAGUACACUAAAUAAAAUUAAUUGUAUUACAUUGUACUAUCAUAUUGUUUAUUUUGUUGAAGGGGGUGUUGAUUCGACUUGGCUGGACACUGGUGGCCACAUUAUAUAUUAGACUAAUUAAAAUCUUUUGAGCAGUGACCUCACUGUUAGAAUUUUGGGAGCAUCAUUAAGAAGGAGAAAUUGGUAUAAAACAACAGGAUGAAUGUGUUGCUCAUACUGCUUGUGUACUUUUAACAUCUGGAUCUGAUCUGCUGACAUCAUAUGCCAAUUGUUCCAAAUGGAUCUAGAGCCCAAGACUACCUCUGCUCCUGUAGAUUUCAGUAACAACUUUAGCGGAGUACCCAACACUCCUCCUAUACUGAACAAGGGUCACCAGCCACCACUCUUUUCCAUUGGUGUUGAUACUUCUCGGAGACCAACUUCUUCUGAGAGCAAUAAAUCAUCUGGCCCCUCAUCAACAAACUUACAAGAUGUUGGAGGUGCACAUCUCACAGUGGAAAAGAAAGGCGGUAUGAAUCGGUCAGCAUCGUCUCCAGCACUAUCACAGUUCCUCAGUUUAGUACCAGGGUCAAAGGCCAUCGGUAAGGUCAACAUCCAGGUCAAUGUUUCAGGGUAUCCUGUAGGCGAAGCGAAGUCUUAUGAUGACAGCAGUAUUGUCGACCCACCAGUCAAAAUACACAGUGCAGGUAGUGCAGCAUCAGUAUUAACCAAAGAACCCCUGACAAAACAUGUCCGAAAAGAAAUGCAGUCAUUAUAUUGUGGAGGAGCUGUGAACAAGUAUGGAAGCUUGUUCCGUAAACCAGGCUUAGAUCACAAAGUUGUAGCUCCCAAAUCAGUAGGAUCAGCCCCAGCAAUGGCACCGUUACCAACUUUCCAAGAGCAGGAAGAAAGCAAAACAACAGACAAUUCCAUCGGGCAAAGAUUCAAGAAGUGGAUAACAACAUCACCUGUCAAACAAUCGGAACGGGAAAAAAAUGCCAUUUUUCCGUCAUCUUUUUAACUGAGCUCAGUCCCACAUGUUAUCGAAUGAUUUAGAGAUUUAGAAGAAGAGGGGAGAGAAGGGAAAAAUAGAGAAAAGAUCAGUCUUUCAUAUAGGACUGAAAUUGAUCAUACAAUAGUGGGCACAA